AUGGAGACCGGAGCCCAGACUUCCCCGCCCGAACCUCGGGACCGGGCCUGGCUGGGGCUACAGGGACAGCAACGGGGUGGGAAGGGGAGGCGAGCAGGGGGAGCGGGGCUGGGGGUGUUGCCUGGCCCGGGCCGGCGGUGGUGCUGGUUGGGUGCCAGGACCAGUCAGUGGCGGGAUGGAGACCUUGCGGGGCGGUCGUGGGGUGGGCUCGCCCCGCCGCCCCGCCGCCCCGCACAGCAGGAGCCCCAGCCCGAGCGUCCGCGCUGCGGGCGGGAGGAGGAGGGGCGCGGACGCCGGAACCCGCCCAGAGCGUGUGGAAGCUGGGCCGGAGCCAGGUGCUCCUGGACCAGGUCCCCGAGGAGGAACGUGGCCUGGGGUCUGCGCCGCCGCUUGCCGUCGCCUCUGCUGCCGUCGCCGGGCAGCCCUGAUUUACAGCAUUUGCCAGUUUCCAUGGCAUCAGGACUCCCACCACAGCUGAUCGUGAUCUACCGCUGCGCCAUCACAGUGCGCGUGGAGUGGGGAAGAGAUGCGCACCACCCCUUACGCGGUGCUUCCAGCACAGAUACGGCGCAGUCACGGACCUUGAGAGCGCGCACAGUCAAAUGCAGGACAAUAAAGAGGGAGGACUGGCUUCAGGGCAGUUACCAUCCAUGCCAGAGUAGCACAAGGAAACCAAACAAACGUGUUUUCAGAGUCUCUGAACUGAACGAAAACCUCAUCCUCAAAAGAGUUCAGUUCCUGUUCACAACCAUGAGUUUGCAUAACGUUACCUGGAUUGAGACAGCGUCUCUGGAAAACCAGCUGGAUAAUUACAUCUUAAAAGCCAAGUACAAGAUGUGACAUUUUACACACAGUGCGCCAAACAAAGCGAUAUGUUUAAUGUUUAUUGUGCCCUACUGGCCCUCUGGCCUUCUGUUUGAAAGCACCUUAUGAAAAUUAAAAAUUCAAACAGCCAGAAAGCCCUCGCAGAGACUGCGAGAGAAAUGACGGUGGGCUGUUUAGGAACAGUGGUUCUCAUACUGCCCGUCUGCGGCUUCCUCCACUUUCAGGGCUUCCCGGGUCCCCUCCCUGUUCCUUGGGGAAAGGCUUUCACUUUGUAGCUCUGCUUGUGACGUCCAGGGAAAUCACAGGGAAGGUGGCUGCCAUCGCGCUGCCCUUGUGUGUCAGUUACCUUCCGACCACGACAGGCGUUUGGAGUCUUACUCUCACUUUUUUCUCUCUCUUGAAAGCCGUGUCUGGUAAGAGGCCCGGAUGUGUCCCAGGUGGGCAAGAGUCUCUUCCAGAAUCUCUUUUCUGGAAUAUGCUAAAUACAGAUUUCAUUUCCAAGUCAGCACAGAGUACAUUACUAUUAUGUUUUUCAAAGUGGAAGCACUGGAAUUUGGUUUAGAGAUUCUGUGCUGAUGAACUAGGGUCAACCUGCCAUUCCUAUUUCCAGGAACUAGUCUUUUUUUUUUUUUCUUACUCUAGUGAUGACCUUUGAGGAAUUUGUUCAUUUCUCCCCUAAAGCUGUGAAGGAAAGUUGGAGAUUGAAUGGGAAUAUAGGAUGAAAGAGAAAGAAAGGGAAGAAAAACAAAGAAACUUAAACUCUUGAGCUUUAUAUUUUUUGCACAAUAAUUGAAUGAAUGUGUCCCCAAGCUUCUGAAGUCUCUCUGUCCAUCACCAAAUGAUUGAGCAAGGUAGGGCUUGGGGAACAGGGCAUCUGUCCUCUGACUCAAAUUGGAGAGCACAGCUUGGCUGCACUGGAGAUUCUGCAGAGCACCAGGAGACUGUGCCUUGGUUCUGGGGUGCAGCCCAACCCUAGCCAUGCACCAGGGUAAUGUGAAAACAAACUGAGAUCAUCUUCAUAAAGGGUAUAACUGAUGGUCUUCCUAUGCUGGAAGCCAUGAUGUUAUCUGGCCCUGACUGACUUCCAGCUUGUCACCACCAGCUCUUUUCUGUGUGGAGCCAACGUUCCUUCAGGCCUGAAAUCUCCUAAUUAAGCGCACCAAGCCUUCAUCUCAUCAGAGGGGAGCUAAUGAAGAAGCUGAGUUGCAUAACAGAGCAUUGUCCCUAUUCACCCACCUCCAUUCUUGUGCAACAGGCCGUGGCGAUUAGAUGGAGCACACAGCAAAAAGGCAGGAAGGUGUCUCUUCAGGGACCUUUCCAUACCUGGGAAAUGGGGAGCUCAGGCCGUGGCAGAACCAAACCGUCUGUGGCCAGCCCUGUGGAGACUAGCAAAGCUGGGCCUCUUGAAAUUUCCAAUCUACUGCCGGGGGUGGGUGUUCCGCCUAACUUGUUUGGAAUGUGAGAUACGGUUAGUCUUUGCCUUUUAAUUUAUUAAAUC